AUGGCGAUGGUGUUUGAUGAACAGGAGAACUAUCAUCUUGAAAGAUUAAAUGAUGGAUAUGGUUGGUAUAGUAGUUAUGAACAACAAGAUGAUAAACGGAUAUGGAUUAUGCGGCUUGAAAAUUUUUUGUGCAAAAAGAAUGAGACUUUGGAGGAGAUGGAAAGCAGAUUUAACUAUUUAUUGGGCAAAUUGGAAAAAUAUGAGAUAAGGUUGACAGAUGGAGAAAAAGUAUCAAAGAUUGCAGAUGCAUUACCUACAGAAUGGGAUGAUAUUUUGACGAAUAUAAAAUCGAAUUCUGGUUUCUCUGGGAUAUCAAAAUUGAAUUCAUCGGAGUUUUUUAAAAAACUCAAAACACAUAGUUAUGAGAAUGAUAAAAAUAAAAGAGAAUUGAUUGACAAAAUAAAAGGAAACCUAGAGAAUCUAAGUUUGAAUGUGAUUGGUGAAAUAGAUAAAAGAAUAUGUGUAUGUCUUGGAGCAAAAUAUGUGAUGAAAUACGACAUUAAAAGAGGACAACUAAAAGAUCGUAAUGAUGUAUCUACCUCAACUACAUGUACAUCUUCUGAAAAACGAAAAGAGUAUAAUAGACGAUAUUAUCUUAAACGCAAAGACAGUAACAAAGUAUCAAAACUUUGUUCGGAUGAUGUCUCUCAAAUCGAUUCAUUAACACCUUCCCGAAUUCAACAGUCUACACUACUACCUCAAUUUUGUGGCGUAACUAAUCAACCAUACAUCCGAGUUCAAAACAUAGAAGAGGAUCCGUAUAGUUUUGUUUAUGGUGGGAUGCCUAGAGAGCAUCGUGUCUUAGAGGAACAAAGUUCAUGUCCUCAUUCUGGAGCAAAACGAUUUGCAUUUGAAUUUCCCACCUUUUGUUGUAUGAGUGGGAAAACGGUGUUAGCAAAUUCUACAAUUCCAAAUGAAUUGUAUCAGCUUUUCACGUCGCAAGAUGAUAUUGGAAAAAUGUUUCGGCAAAACAUACGUGCUUAUAACACCAAUUUUUCUUUCACCUCAAUGGGUGUCACAUUGGAUGAUACGAUGGCCAAUAUGAGAGAUGGUGUAUAUACGUUUCGUGCACACAAAGGAAUAUAUCACAGAAUCGACCAAUUGGUCCCUAGGGAUGGAACACCUAGGUACUUACAGUUGUAUUUUUAUGACCCUGAUACUGAAUUAGAUCAUAGACUCCGAUGGCCAAAUCUUGAUCGAAAUAUUACUGAGGUGUUGACACGUGUUCUUUCUACAAAUCCUUAUGUCAAGACAUUUCGAAGUCUUGCAGAGCUAGGUCCUCUAGACAACUAUAGAGUCACUCUUAACGCUUCCGUUGAACUUGACCAAAGGGUGUACAACCGACCAACCACAUCUGAGGUUGCUGGUAUUUGGGUCGAAGGGAAUGACAAUAUAACUGCCUACAAAAGAAGUAUCGUAGUGUAUGGUAGGUCUGAAUAUAGUCAAACUAUUCAGCCAUACUUUGGAUGUUAUGAUCCAUUAUCUUAUCCUUUAUUUUUUCCUAACGGUGAGUCGGGUUGGCAUCCUAAUAUACCACGUGAAGGAGUAUCAAUCAAUGAAACUCAUAAUGAUCCCAACAACAUCGACGGAGAUAAUGAAGAGGCUAACCCACGAGGACGUAGGACAACCGUUGCUAUGCGAGAGUACUAUUGUUAUAAAUUUCAGAUUCGCUCUAUCGAGGACGUGCUUUUGCUUGGUGGUAGAUUGCUACAACAAUUUGUUGUAGAUGUUUACAUAAAGCUUGAGACAUCACGUUUGCAAUUUUGUGAACGAAACCAAAGUAAGAUAAGAGCGGAAUUAUACCAAGGUAUUGUGGAUUGCGUCCAUUCUGGUGAGGUUCAUCCAAACAGAGUCGGACAACGGAUUGUGUUGCCUGCGUCUUUCAUUGGAGGGCCUCGCGACAUGCGACGCCGGUUUCUAGAUGCUAUGACUUUAGUUCAAGAUGAUGGCAAACCUGAUGUAUUCCUAACUAUGACGUGUAAUCCUCAAUGGCCUGAGAUAUGCGGUAAUUUGAAACCUGGUCAAACCGCACAAGAUCGUCCAGAGCUUGUUUCGCGAAUAUUUCGUGCAAAAUUAGAGGAUCUUAAGGAACAACUCUUCAAGAAACACUUACUUGGAAAGGUUAAGGCAUAUGUAUAUGUCAUCGAGUUUCAGAAGCGCGGUUUACCGCAUGCACAUUUCCUUCUUAUCAUGGACUCGGAUCACAAGAUAAAUAAUCCAGACCAUUAUGAUAAGGUCGUAUGUGCUGAAAUCCCUAACAUAGUUACCCAUCCGCAACUGCAUGAGGUUGUUGUAAAACACAUGAUUCAUGGUCCGUGCGGAAAUCUACGAAAAGAUAGUCCUUGCAUGCAGGGUGAUCCAAAAGUUUGUCGUUUUCAUUAUCCAAGACAAUUCAAUGAGCAGACAACACAAGGAGAAGAUGCAUAUCCAUUAUAUCGAAGGAGAAACAAUGGAGUAACGGUGGACAUAAGAGGAAAUACUAUUGAUAACAGGUGGGUUGUCCCUUAUAACCCAAGGCUUUUAAUGAUGUUCAACUGCCAUAUGAAUGUUGAGGUUUGCUCAAGUAUAAAAUCUGUGAAAUACCUUUUCAAGUAUGUCUACAAAGGACAUGACAAACAGGUUAUUCAUAUCGAUCCAGAUUAA